UUGAAGUUUUUAUAUUACCACAGCCUCACGCCGAAAUAAAAAAAUAAAAUAUAUAUAUAUAGAAGUUAAUACGUAUCUAAAAAAAUAAUUACAUUAAAAGUUUUAUCCAUACGAUUUGUGGCAAAAUUUUAAUUGUUAGUUAAAUUCAAAAAGAUAUCCUUGAAUAAUUAAUUUUUUGUCAAUUUAAAAAAUUAUACAUCACCAUCAAAAAUGUCAGACUGGGACACAGUACCAAUUACCCUGCGAAAAAAAGCUCCAAAAGGCUCAGUCAUGAAGUCUGAAAAGGCUAUCAAUACAGCUAGACGACAAGGCGUUCCUGUUGAUACCCAAGCUAAAUGGGGUGGUGGUGGUAAUAAGCAACAUGUUACCACAAAAAAUACAGCAAAAUUGGAUCGUGAAACUGAAGAAUUAAGACACGACACAUUGCCACUUGAUGUUGGUAAAUUAAUUCAACAAGGAAGAGGACUCAAAGCAAUGUCCCAAAAAGAUCUUGCUACGAAAGUCAAUGAAAAAGUACAAGUUAUAAAUGACUAUGAAGCAGGCAGAGGUAUUCCAAAUCAACUUGUCCUUGGAAAAAUUGAAAAAGUUCUCGGUAUCAAAUUGCGUGGUAAAGAUCGUGGCCAACCACUUGAAAAAGUACCAGCUAAAAAAUAAUCAUCAAAUUUUUUAAUAAUUAUUUUUGUUUAUUACGGUUCUGGUAGAUGAAAAUGGAAAAAUAAAAAAAAUCGAAAAAAAGCUAAUAAAAAAUGUAAAAAAAAAAAAAAAUGAAAAAAAAAACAAUUAAAAAUUAUCAAAGUAUAAGUUAGAAUUUUCAGUUAUAUUAUCCAGCACCAAUAUUUUUCAUAACUACAAAAUUAAAUCUGUUUUUUUUUUGUUAAAUAAUUUCUCUUCUUCAAUUAUUUAUCUCUUUUUUUUAUACUGAUUAAUUCAAUUGUAUAGUUUAUUAUAAAUAUUAACUUGUUUUAAACACUCUUGCUAACAUUACAAAGAAAAAA